CAUGUGGGAUCUUCCCAGACCAGGGCACGAACCUGUGUCCCCUGCAUUGGCCGGCAGAUUCUUAGCCACUUCCAGAGAAGUCCCCGGAAUAUUCCUUCUUAUUUUUGAUAUUUAUGUGUAACAUUUAUUAGUUUUUUUCAUCAACCCAGAGAAUAAAUCAAAAUGAUCCAACAUCUCACCACCACUAGUGAAGAUAGUCAUGAUACAUAAAGCAACACAGGUGUGGUUAGGGGCUCCUAAGCCCGCAGAAAGGAGCACAGUGAGCCGUUCUGGUCACUUCAGGCCACUCGGCCCCUCCUUGUUGAGUCCUGUCACCUGUCCCUGGAAGAAAGCGCUGUGCCUUAACCCACGGCGCCUCCCCUGUGAUUCCCCCACCUGCCUCCUGGGUGGUGGUGCGUCCUGCCCCAUGGGGCAUGUGCCUCCUUAGCCUGCAGGGCAGUGCCAGGACCAGGGAAACCAGGGAGGCUGUCCCUGGUGUCCGGACUGGGGGAUACUCCAGGCUAUGUCUCACUGCCUCUCUGCUCUCACUUGAGGGCCAGGCCGGCCUCCGGGAGGGGCCCACGUGCCAGGACUCUGGUCACCUUCAGGUUAUGGUUCCUGCUUAAAUUACCUAAAGGCAGGAGAACCCCACACAAAUUCCAUCUGCUUUGCUGCUGAGCUCAGAGGAGGGGCGUGGGGGGCAGAGCCGUCUGAGGAGGCAGGUCUGGUCAGUGGCCUGGGAGCAGAGCAGGGCGUGGGCCCCACCUGGGUCUUUGUGUGUGCAGACUCUGACCUGCUGACCACGUGCCCACUGUGCCUGGUGUAAAUAGGCCAUGUGGCCUGAGACCACUCAGACAUCUGGGUGUCCAUGCUCCCCUAUUCAUCCCUGCUCUGCCCACCAGGCCCCCUCCUCGUGGUCCAGGGCGUUGGGGUUUGGAGCCCUGAGCUGUCCUCGAGGGGUCUCCCCUCCAAGAUCCUUGGCCUGCCCGCUUUCCCAUGUGCCUUUCCCAAUGGGAGCUUCUCGGGGAGCGGGGUCCUGUGUGGCCCCUUCCUGUGCAUGACCCUUGCGCGACUGCAAGCCCCGAUGGAAGCUUCCCACCUUCCUCUGUCUUUCAUCCUUUUCCAUUUUAAGGUCUCUGCUCUGUGCCAGCUCAGCCUUGCUGUGUCUCAGGGGCCCCGGGCCCCUCAUCUGACUGGGACCCCAGCUACCUGCCCAAAGGGUCACUUGCCAGGGGGAGGCCUGUCUCGCUCCCACUGUGGUGUGGGUGGCAGGGUGGCCUUCCUCCUCAAAGGGGAAGAGGGGACAGACUGGCCCUGUGUGGUUGUCCCCUACGGAAGAGCCAAUGGGCUGUGCCCUGUGUGCCUGACUUGGGGGCUCCCUGUGUCCUUCUCUGGAAACUCACAGGGCCACACGAGCUCCUGGACUGUCCCGAGUGUGAGUGCCCAAGGGGGCUGUGCAUGAGGCUGGCUUUCCCUGUGCUGUGUAAACAAGCCUCAGGCCAGCUGUGUCCCUUGUCAGGGCUGUCUGGGAAGCCACGGGGCUGGGGGAAGCCAGACACACCCGCUCCCGACCCCAGGACGCAGCCCCAGCAGGAAGUGGUUUGCAGGUGGGCAGGGCUGUGGCUGUGCUCACCUGGAGCUGGCCACCAGGCAUGUGGCUGGCCUCUUGAACCUUGUACCCCCAUCAGCACAGGGGGGUGGCGGGGGGGUGGCAGUGGCAGCACCCCCAGACUGAGAGCGUGGGUCAGCCAGGAGGGCAGGUUACUAACACCGUGGUGACCACGUGCUCCCAGGAGUCCCGCCGGGUAGAACCCCGCCCAUUGCCCCAUCACAGAUGCUGGAGGCCCCAUCCCUGCUGCUGGCAGCUGGCGCCCUUGGCCUGGUGCUGCUGGCGCUGCUGUGGCUGCUGCAGGCCUUGCGACUCUGGGGCCUGUUCAUCAUUGGCUGGAACGAGCUUGUCCUGCACCCCGUCCGCAACCUCCUCAUGGGCAACAGCAAGGAGCAGCGCAUUCUGCGCCAUGUGCUGCAGCACGCUGUGGCCGGGGACCCGCAGAGCGUGCUGGACGCCAUCGACGCCUACUGCUCGCAGAAGGAGUGGGCUAUGAACGUGGGCGACAAGAAAGGCCAGAUCGUGGACGCCGUGUUGAGGGAGCAGCGUCCCUCGGUGCUGCUGGAGCUGGGUGCCUACUGUGGCUACUCGGCCGUGCGAAUGGCCCGCCUGCUGCUGCCCGGUGCCCGGCUGCUCACCAUUGAGCUCAACCCUGACUACGCCGCCAUCACCCAGCAGAUGGUGGACUUCGCAGGCCUGCAGGACAGGGUGACCGUUGUCGUCGGGGCAUCCGAGGACAUCAUCCCCCAACUGAAGAAGAAAUAUGACGUGGACACUGUGGACAUGGUCUUCCUCGAUCACUGGAAGGACCGGUACCUGCCAGACAUGCUCCUCCUGGAGUUUUUCCCAGAGCACAGAGGGCCUUACCUUAGCUCUCUACCUGAGCUCCUUCCAGGGGGUGUUGACCAGCAGCUGCAGCAGUAAAUGACUUAAUCCUUGUAGAGGCAGAUGGAGUGUGGCCUGCUGCGGGAGGGGACAGUGUUGUUGGCCGACAACGUCAUCUGUCCGGGGACACCAGAGUUCCUGGAGUACGUGCGUGGGAACAGCCGCUUCGAGUGCACGCA